CUUUUUUUGUAUGUUUCAGGAAAGAAAAAUACUUAGCAGAAUGUGGCCCAGCUCUCACCUCUCAACAGCAAAAAAGCCAAUAAUCACACCACAAGACUUGGCUCUGUAGGAACAAUAUGUGGGGUCAACCUAAGUAGAGACAUAUUCGAGACAUGUCGCUGUAUGAUGACAUUGACACAGACAAAGCUUCAGGUGCUUCAGGAUGGGCAUCAGGCAUCAAACUUAUGCAUAAUCAGCUUGCAUUUAAAAAGGCUACCAUCACAACACCAAAGCGUGACCAGACUCGACGAGUGGCUGGCACCAAAUUACCACCCGUCAUUGACCUAAAGUCCCGACGUGAUGAGGACGAAAAUACUCCACCGUCACAUGGUUUUCAGGGGCAAAAGGUUGGUCAUGCCUCAGUCAUAUAAGAUGUUUAGUGGGAC